AUGUGGGAUCUCAAACUCCCGCCUAAGAUCAAGGUCUUUGCUUGGAGAUUCUUUAUUGAUCGGCUUCCUACUAGAGAUCAAUUGUUGAAAAGAGGAGUUGCUCUUGUUUCGUGUCCGAAUUGUGUGUUGUGUGGCUCUUCUCUUGAAUCCUCAUCCCAUCUUUUCUUUAAUUGUCAAGAGGUGAAAGCGGUUUGGAACCACGUCUUUUUUUGGCUCGGUAUUCCGGAGGAGAUCAAUGUGGAAGACUUGUUUUGUUUCGAAGUUAUUCAAGACAAGGUGAAGUGUAGCAAGCGUAGAAUCACAAUUAAUUUCGUUUGGGUAGCUACUAUUUGGAGUCUUUGGCUUAUGAGGAAUGCCAUGAUAUUUAGGGGGGAGGUGUUUAGUUUUGAUGUGGUUUGUACUAACAUAGUCUUUCUUUCUUGGAGAUGGUUGUAUUGUGGAUAUACUAAGUUUAAACCAAACUAUUAUGAAUGGUUUAAACUUCCUUUAUCCGACAAUCGCAUUCCAUAG